AGCCUUUGAUAGUUAACAUUAACGACAGGAUCCAGAGAAAAGGCGAUGUUUCACAUCGCCUUGUGAAUCAGAUUUCAACAAUGCAAAAUCAAACAGAGAAGUAUGAAUCCGCUCCAUCACGUCAUCUUCCUCCCAUACCAGCUUCAUAUGUACCUUCCCGAGCCAUUGCAAAGAUUCCAGGGAAUUCAUCUAUCGAAGAAAUUCUCGAGAUUCUAGAAAGGGACGGUGUUGUCAUCGUCAAAGACUUCGUUUCUUCGGAUGUUUGCGAUAAAAUUGAUGAAGAUCUCGAGCCAUACCAAAAACAAGCGAUUGCCGAAAGCGAUUCCUACGACAAUUUCAUUGGCAGAAAAACGCUGGUGAUAGCCGGUCUAGUUUCCAAAUCUGAUACCGUUGCUAACAUCCUCGAUACCAACGAGACAAUUGAAAGAUUGCUGAGGAUAAUUCUAGAAGCGAGAUAUCCUGCAGUUUACGAGCAUCAAAUCGAGGAUACUGUUGUUGAGCCGCUUUUAAGUAUUGCCAUGGCCUUUUACGUUUCCCAUGACUCUCCUCGUCAGGCAUUGCAUAGGGAUGAUAUGAUCUUCCAUUCUAAGCAUAAGCGAGAUAUGCCACUCAACGAAAAUGACGGGUUCAGUUGCUUCAUAGCCGGAAGCAAUAUCACACGUGAAACUGGAGGGACAAUGAUGAUCCCUGGCUCUCAUAAGUGGGAGCAAGAAAGGGCUGGUAGACCUGACGAGGUUUGCUUUCUUGAGAUGGAACGGGGCUCUGCUUGCUUAUUUGUGAGCAGCAUAGCGCAUGGUGCUGGUUUCAACACUGUGCCCGGCUUUGUUCGGAAGAUAAUCAACCUUGUGUUUUGUCGUGGGACACUGCGUACUGAGGAGAAUCAAUUCCUAUGUAAUCCUCGGAGCAAGGUUCUGGAAAUGAGCCCCAAGAUGCAGUCUUUACUGGGGUUCAAGAAGCCUUCGGGUAAUUGGCUCGGUCUUGUGGAAAAUGAAGAUCCAACCAAGAACUUGGCUGCUGUCUACGAGAAGAUGCUUGCAUAGGUGUAUACCGGGUGGAACACAUCAGGAAUGUGUGAAAUAGUUCUUCUUAUUUGACAAUUUACAGUACAUGCCUAUGGUACUGCAGAAUGUGAUACUUCGUUGAAUUCCUCUUUGAUAGCUUCCGCGAAUAGUCGGACGCCGGUGUACAGCAAUGCUUCAUCUGCGGUAGCAAAGGUGAGCCUGAAGUUCAAGCCUUGAUUUCCGUAGGUGUUUGCUUCAAACAUAGACCCAUUUGUAACUUGUACCCCUUUCUCGAAAGCGUUUGCCUGUAUCCUGUUCUCAAUACAUAACCUAGAGUCUUCACUCUCAG